AUUAUUUCCUCCACGCUGCCAAAACUGCGUCCAUACCGACGGACUGAUCAGGGAACGAAAAUACACCCAAAGACUCAACGACAAUGUUUAAAUUGGAAGGACUUGGGCCUAAAAUGGACCCAGAAGAGAUGAGGAAGAAAAUGCGAGAGGACGUCAUUUUAUCCGUGCGCAACUUCAUCAUUUACGUUGCCCUCCUCCGAGCCACUCCGUAUGUUUUGAAGAAGCUGGACAGCAUAUGAUCGGAGAAGCUCGUCUUCACGCCCAUCUUCCUUCACUCCCAUUGGCAGUUUUCUGCAUCGAAGAUGACAUGUGCAUCACCAUUUAGCCCUGGACCAAUAGGACACUGUGGGAUAUAACCAGUGUCCAUCACUGCAUCUGAGAAACACUGAUGAUGUUAUUUGGAGUCAAGUUCUUUGUUACGGGUGACAUUUGCCAUGUUGUCACACAGUGCUUUAUAACUAACAAAACAUCUGAUUAUGAGCAUUGCGAAAAGCAAAGUUAGGCAGUAUGUGUUUGAUUUAUCAUAUGAAAUGAAGAGUAAAAUGUAACUGCAACAGAAUUCCCUCCAUGUUUCCUACGGACUCUUUAAAGUAUUCCACUAUGAAACAUUUGUCAACCCAAUAACGAUACUCAAAUUAUUUGAUAAAGGUGUUUGACUGUAAAGUGAUGUUUGCCUGUCCUGUUUAAAUUCGCUAAUAAAAUCAGCUGAGACGCA